AUGGAAAAGAUCAAGGAAAAGAUUGCUGCUUUUAAGUUAGAAGCUGAAUCAUGGCAAGACAAAUAUGAAGAACUGAAGGAGCAAUUCAAGCAACUAGAACAAGAAAACAUUGAAAAGGAAAACCAAAUCAAAUCUUUGACUGUCAAAAAUGAACAACUGGAUAGUGAAAUCGAAAAAUUAGAAGCUGAAUUGGCUGAAUCCAAACAAUUAGCCGAAGAUUCUAACACUUUGAGAUUGACUAAUGGUAACUACACCAGAAAGAAUGAACAAUUGGAAAAUGACCUAGAAGAAACUGAUGCCAAGUUGAAGGAAACCUUGGAUAAAUUAAGAGAUGCCGAUUUGAAGGUCGAAGAAUUGGAAAGAAGAUUAAAUGCAGUUGAAGAAGAAAAGGAAAAAAUGGAAGAAAAGAAUGAACAAUUGGCUGCUCAAUACGCUGAAGCUAAACAAGAAUUAGAUGAUAUUGCUGCCUCCUUGGAAAAUUUAUAA